CGUCAUUUAUUCAAUAGCCCUUUGGAACCUCAAUUUCAAAAGUGAGAGUUUUUUCAUAUUAAUUGGUGUUGAGUGGAAAAUUUUGUUUCUUGAAUUAUGGGAAUUUCUUCACACCCUUCUUUAGUUUCCCUCACUUUGAAAGAUUUUAUUGAAGGAAGUGAUGAAGUAAACAACAAUUCAUCAUAUUUGUGGAGCAAAGUUUUGGAAGCACAAUCCAAGAAGGUGGAGGUAACAAAGAAAAGGAUGAAGAGUAGAAGGACAAGAAGGAUUUCAAUGAAGAGAAGGAUUGGUUGUAGAAGAGGUUCUUAUGGAAUUCAGAGACGUGUUAGAACAUUGAAGAGUCUUAUACCAAACAGUGAUGAUUCCAUUGGAUUGGAUGGACUUUUUAGAGAGACAGCUAAUUAUAUAUUGUCUUUACAAACUAGAGUGAGAGUUAUGCAGGUUAUGGUUGAGGUAUUGAAUGAAUCUGAUGAGUAAUUGAUCCAUUUGUAAAGACUAAACAACAACAUGGUUUAUUUAUAGUUAUACAAAGAUUGGUUUUGGAUGUUUUUUAUAUUUGUUUAUUUUCAUGUUAUCUAGAGUUAGAUCAGUUUUAUGGUUAAUUUGUUGUUUGUGUCAAAGGAUAACCAAUAUUACUGGUUUGUUACAAUUCUUUGUUAUCACUUAUAUAUUAUGUACCUGUAUUUAUAAAAAAAUCACUCACUUGAGUUACUACUUAUUUCAUAA